CCCGUUGCCGCAUCCACCGCGUCCCGUCGCCUCGCGAAAGCGCUGACACGAUACAAGGCAAACCUUACGUCAUGUAGCGCUCAAAACCAUCCAUUCCGGGUCAUCUUUCUCUCAUCUCUCCUGUACAACGAAUUCCGUGGUUGUUUCCCAGUGUCCAGUGGUUGUGAGUGUGUGUGUGAGUGCAUUACCAGGCGUGCAAUGUCGCGAGGAGGUGAGGGCAGUCUGUGACCCCUCGGUCGCGCUACGAGAGGAGGGGAGGGGGCUUUUCACGCUUGAACAUGCCUUUCGAAUUGAGAUCAGGUGCAGGCGGCACCGGGGUGUCGGUCUCCACACAGGCAGACAUAGCAAAUUCGGCCAAAGGCUACGAGUCGGAGGAUGAGAUCACAGGGAGAAAACGCCAGAAGGGAACCGAGGAGCGGCCAGGCAGCCGGACCACCAUGUACUCGAAACAGGAAUUUCGGGAGCAGUACUGUAUCAACACCAAACAACUGGAUCUGCUGGAGUUGGAGAAGUCCAAGAAGGACCGAUUCCUCGGAUGCCUGUCGCAGUACCACAUCGAGAGUCCAUGUUCACGAAACAACAGGUCAUCAUUCCUAUCCGUGUGUGUCCGUCGUCGAGUUCCCUCCGAUGAGAACCUCAACACCGACUAUGCGCCCAUACAACGGUACCCCAGGUUCGGCCAGCCUACCCCGGCCCCGCCGGAGCUGCGCGCUCAUGACGCCGAUCUGGACUGCUCGUACUUCCGGCGGCGGCCGCGCUCCGUGUGCAGCCAGCCCGACCCCAAGCGCUACACCUGGAUGCCAGACGAUGAGGACUUCACCCGGAUGGAGUGGCCACAAUCGGUAAUAGAGGAUAACGCGGGGUGGCCGCAGACUUACAGCGUAGACCAGAUAGCAUCGGUGACCCGCGGCGGCUCGCUGCCCCGCCCGCCCUCCAUCAUACCCUGUCCCGCUCACGCGCCUAUACCGCCCCCGCCCCCGCCCCCGCCGCUGACGAUGCCACCCAACAGGACGAAACACGUGUCGUUUGCUCGCUCGCACACACUGCAGACCUUCGAUGACUCCGUGAUGCCGGCCGCUGUGGGAGGCAGCCAGAGGUUCCGGAGAGACUGCGAGAGAUUGAUCGACGGACGAAUCGUUAAACAGACGGAAAUGUACCCAAUAAUGAUGCCUCCGUUCCCUCACAUGAGCUACUACCCACCACCGGCGCCGGCCGCGCCCGCGCCCAUCCACUACCCGCCGCCCAUCGCGCCUAUGGCGAUGGCGAUGGGCGCGAUGGGCGCCCACCAGCCUCCGCCGCGCCCACCGCAGCCGGAGCAGCCGAAGGUCGUUGUGUUAGACUCAAUAAAGAAAGGUGUCAUGAGGACACAAGCAACGCAAACAGAAGUUUGUCUGGGAAGGAAACCGCAUCCACCAAAUUACUUAUCUUUAAGUCCUAGAACAAUAAAAAGGGUGAAAAUGGUAGCAGCAGGAGUCCAGACCAAUGGUAUAGCUGUUGGACCUCGGAGACUGACAAAGUCGUUUUCUGAAGUUGGAGGGGACAGGCUUAUUGGUCGUGAAACUCAUAGUGAAGUAGGAACUAUGAUCGAUGAAAGUUUUGCUGACCAUGAAAAGCUGCACAGAACACAGUCAGAAGAACCGCCAAGAUCUCCGCGAUCUCCGACUUCAGUAGUACCACUGUCUCCAGGCUUGCAACGAACUGAUUCUGAUGAUGUCAAUUCAUCUCCUGUGAAGUCUAUAGCUUCAUCACAGAUGGAUCGAUCUUCCGAAUUAAGUGUGCUUCAAAAACAAGCACAGGAGUAUUUCCAGCAAAACUUCCAAUUUAUUCAUGAAAGUGAUAGAGAUGACACGGUUGAUGAUAUUGAUACAUUGGAGAAAAGUAUGGCUUUAAACCGUAGAAACUUAGAAUAUUUACAACAAGAAAUAGCUAAGCAAACUAGAGGAGAGAAGUCGUUGCGUUCCAUACUAUCGAAAAGUACGAGUGAUGCUUCACAGAAAACUAUAAAUUCAUCUCAUCCUUUAUCAAAAACAUCAACAUUUCAAUCAGAGCCCUCGACUGAAACAUCGGCUACAACUACCGAUGACAGUGAGAAAAAUGAAAAAGAAAUCAUUAUAGAUUUCGAACCAAGGCCUGAUGAAGAGGCUAUACCAUUUACUACACUUAAACGAAAUAGAAGACUGCAAAAAACUCUUUCUGAGGGUGAAAUACUUUUAGAUGUAAGAAAAAACGAAAUUCAUAAUUCAAGUGGAGAAAGUGUAAAAGACGCACCACUAAUCAUGUCCACUAGUCAAGAAAAUAUGACGAAAGAAAAUCGAGAAAGAGAAGGUGCUUAUCGAGAUUAUAUAUCACAAAACUACGCACAAACUCCUAUCAAAGAUGAAGGAAUUUUUGGUUUUGAACCGGAUGGAUCAUUUAGUUCUUCCGACGGAAAUGCACCGUACGAAGAUUUUCAUGAAAAGUACAUUAGUUACAAGCAUGACUCGUUUAGAAUUCAAGGGGUAAGUUUGGAAGAACCACUUGACGUUGAUUCUACUGAUAACAACGAUGAUGUUGCUGAGCAAAGUACUGCAAGAUCUAGUCCUGGGUCGCCAGAUGUAGUAAGCAUGGAUAUUGAUGUAGACCAAAAAGUCAAACAUCUAAUGCUAUCAACCACAAUCACAACAAUGCUUACACCAUUAGAAAAAACAUCUCCAUGUGCAUCUAGUGAAUCAUUGACGGUUGACCCCGCCAGGGAUCACUCAGAUGGAAACUGGAAUGAAUCACAAACAACUGUGCUUCAAGUAGAUUCAGGGACUGAUAAUGGAACUAUAAUUAGCUCUUCUGACUUGAGCUCUUUGGCUGCAUCACCAGGAGCAUUAGCUUUACUUACACCGACAUCAAGAAGAAAACAACUUUUACUAUUACAACACCAACAACGGUCUUCUUUAGAUACUGAUGCUUUAGAUGAAGAAUUAGAUGCCUCACAAAGCCAAUCACCAACAUCGCCUCGAAAUAAAUUAGAUAACAUGAAUAUGACGCAGCCAUCAAGACCAUCAUUAUCACCACCAGCAGUUGUUCCAAAUAUCCAAUUACCAAUAACAAAGCAACCAACUAUUUCUAAGAACACCUCUUCUACUUCAAUGACCAAAACUACUCAUACGCCAGCCCUAACAAUAACUCACCCCAGUUUAGAUUUAUCUGAUGUUCCUUUUAAAAGAACGUCAAGUUUUAUCAACAAAAAAAGAGAGCGAGCAUUGAGUCCAUCACGAAGAAGAGAAUUGCAGAAAAAAGCUCAGCAGAAAGAACCUAAUGGUUCAAUACCAAUCAAAAUUGUGGAAUCACCCUCAGAACCAACUUUAGUUAAAACAGAAGGGAGUGAAACGAAUUUAGCACGAACUGACUCGGCAAAAACUAACACGACUGAUGUUUCUGAAAGCACCACCACUACUGAUGACUAUGUUACAGCAAAUUCUGAUAGUUCAAAAAAAAGUGUUCAAAAUAAUAAUCAAGCACAUGAGAACAAUAAAGCUCAUGAUGGUUCUUCUUUCGAGAGUGCAUCAAGUUUGUACUCUUCUACACGGACCGAACACAUACCUGAAGAAAUGAUUGUCCCCAGUUUUUCACCUCCAUUGCAACUAACUGACGAUUUAAUAGUUCCUAAUCUAUCUACACCACCAUUAUCAAUGCCCGAGAAGCCAACAAAAAUUCCGGAAAAAGUUGAAAAAAAACCGGAUGCAAACAAAAUUGUUGAGCAUAAAGAAAUCAGGGAAAAGAGAGAUAAGACUGAAAUUACAAAAACUAAAGAAGAACCAUCUAAAACUCAUACAAAAAAAGAUACAACGAGUAUGAAAAGCAGUUCCAGUGGCAGUUAUAGCUUAGGAGGAUCUACUCCAACUGUUACGGAAAAAAAUGUGGAUAAAAUCUCAACAGAAAUUCUCAAAUCUCCACCACAAAAAGUAGAAAAAUCUGAACCCAUUAAAAAGCCACAGAGACACGUUAGUCAUAUACAAUCGCUUGAUAGGAACAGAAAAGAGCAUCCAAUUCCCAGAAUGAAGGCUUCACUGUCAGACGAUGAAAGAAGUGGACAUUAUUCAUCAUCCGGAUAUUAUGAAAGUCCUGCGGAAGAUGACGACGACGGCGGUUUAACUUACAAACAUUCACAAAAAUACAGGUCAUCAACCAGGAACUGGUUAAAUGAGGAAAAGCGUCGAAAGAAGAAAGCUUUUACUUUAGAGUUUUCAAAGUCUUACGAUGAUUCAGUAUCAAGCACACAGGAUGAUUGGAAUAAGAAAAGUAAAGAUCUUGAUACAAUCAGUUAUCGCUCAGAAAAAAGUGCAUUACGAAGUUCUGCAAUUAAAUCACCAGAUGAGAAAGGUCCUGAAAUACGAAAGAAGAAAACCCACUUUGCUGAAAAAGCUAAAAGUGUCCAAUCGUCACCUAGAGAGCACAUUGAUGUUGAAAAAUCAUUAAAAGAAAAAGAAGCAGAAAGUAAGCGGCCAAAUGAAAGGGAAAGGCACUUUAAAAGAACAAAACUUAAAGCAAAAAGUCCUACUACUCAGAGCAAAACUAUUGAUAGUAAUCACAGUUACAGGCCACAGCAUUUUGAACGCAGGGAAAGCAUGGGACCAAAUAUGAAACUUCAUCUUAAUAUCCCUACUUCUGAUGAUUCUAGUGAACAAUAUAGAAAUGAAGGUGCUGUGGGUAAUGGAAAUAUCUCUCCAAGAAAACAUCGGAGGUUGAGAGACAGUCCUCGAAGAAAAACUGGCACUAAUCCGAAUAUAGCUAAAUCACCAAUUGCAAACAAUAAUCAUGUAGGCCAUAAUUGCCGAGGCCGAAGGAAAAGUGGUUCAAAUGAAAGUAUUUCACUACCUGGCAGUUUACCGCGACGGAAACAGUCAAUCCCAACCGUUCCAUCGAUAAACUCACUCGAAGCUGAGGAUAUUGAGACAACUAGGACUUUAACUAAUGCUGGUUCAAGACUUACUCCACUUAGAUAUGUAAAAAGUCCAACAGGGUCGCCAAGGCAUCAAAAAAAACAAGACCGAGACGGUAAAUUUGCUAAAGCAGCUUCUGCAGAAAGUUUGCGCUCUGUAUCACCUGGAUCUGAUUCAGUUUUUUACUCAGAACACGGGGAUCACAGUGUGGCCACCGCUGAUUUAGAGUCGAAAGCUCAUUGCCUCCACUGUGGUAAAGAGGUCCAUAUUGUGACAGCCACACAUGAUCAUGAUAGUAGAGCAUCGAGAACUUCGCAUACAGAUGAGUCCUAUGUUGACGCAACGCCGGAUAUUGUCCCAGCUCCAGCUGGUUUUGCUGAUUCUCCUCAAUGUAUGGGAAAGAGACCAGCAAGUGGAGCAAGGCUGUAUAAAAAACUAGAAAAGCGAUAUAGAUCUGAAGAUAAAUCUAAACAUCAUCAUAGGCAUCGAUCGGAAGUAAGAGCGAAAUCAGAAGAAAGGGGAAAAGAGGAAUAUUCAUCUACAGAGAAAACACAAGACACUCGCAUUGCAAGAUCUGCAGGAAACAGUAUGGACAAACUCGGUGGAUCUAGUGCUAGCGUUGAUGUAGACGAAGUGGAAGAUAUAUCAGGCAGUUCAGAAGGAGCUGAAGGUCGCGACGAGAGAGGAGUUUACGCGGCCCCAUGGUGGUGCGGCAACUGGAUCCUCAUACCGGAAAACGAUGAUCAAUGGGAAAGGAUUCCACCAGAUGCUGUAGGAUCACCGGACUCAGAUAGAAUAGAAGAUCCGACAGAAUCAGAAUCAGAGUUCAAUAAGAAGUAUAUGGCACUCACACAUCGACUGGUCCACCGAAAAGCCUGUGUUCAUUUACUCAAGAGACAAGCAGAUAAUAAUUUCGAGAGUGACAAGACAGUGGUGGUGCGACGUGGUGAUGAGGAGUUUGGGUUCCGCAUCCACGGCAGCAAGCCCGUGGUGGUGUCCGCCAUCGAGCCCGACACGCCCGCCGAGACCUCUGGACUGGAAGUGGGAGACAUCGUUAUAGCUGUCAAUGGGAUCAAUGUGUUAGAUAAAUCACACUCGGAAGUGGUGAAAAUAGCUCACGCUGGCUCCGAGAUCCUGGAGCUGGAGGUGGCUCGAACAUGCGAAGUAGUAGCCUCCCUAGCCCACGAGGGCGGGCCGGCCGCGCUGUACUCGGGCUACCUGUGGCGAGCCGCGCCGCUCAAGCCGCACCACUCGCCGCGCUGGACGCGCCGCUGGUUCGUCUUGAAGAGAGACAACUGUCUGUAUUAUUACAAGACCGACUCGAGUAUCCACCCAGUAGGCGCCCUCAUGUUGGUAAACUAUCAACUAACAGAAGAGGACAGCGGGCGAGCUCACGGAUUCCGCUUGCACCGCGGCGGAGGCAUUCGCCUGUCGCUGGCAGCUGAUAGUUCCGAGGCCGCCGCUAGAUGGCGUGCAGUGCUGGCUCAUGCUAUUGAUGCUAGUAACCAGAGAGACGGUUGGUUAGAAGUCACGAUGCGAAACAUGAAGAUGCCCCCAUCCUCCAUUCCUCGGCCUGACUGCUUCGGCUACCUCAUGAAACUCGGCUCCAAAUGGAAGUCCUGGGCAAAACGGUACUGCGUGCUCAAAGAUGCCUGUCUAUACUUCUAUAACGACGGGAAUAGCAAGAGUGCUUUUGGAAUGGCCUGUCUCCACGGAUACAGAGUGCAGCAAUGCGCCCCUGGCGGCAAGAAGUACGCCUUCGAGGUGAUGCCCACAGAGCCGAAGCAGCGCCACUUCUACUUCCACACAGAGUCCGAGAUGGACAAGAAACGUUGGAUGGCAGCACUCGAGUACUCCAUAGACAGGUGGAUGAAGGCUGGCUGAGAACACACGGUGGAAUUCACUCCCUCCUCCCAAUAUUCCGAACACGUUUAGGUUAUGCGCUUUGUUUUAAUAAAAAUAUCUAC